GGUUACAGCUCUAAUUCGACCCCUAGCCUGGGAACCUCCAUAUGCUGUGGGUGUGGCCCUAAAAAGACAAAAAUAAAAUAAACUGGGCCUAAAAGACAGGGAGGAGGCAGGCACUGGAGGACCUGGGGGAAGAACACUUCCCGAAGAGGAAACAGAAGCGCGAGGGGCCUGAAGCCAUGUGUUUGCUGGAGAAAUAGUGAGUAAUGGGCGAGGGCAUGGGGGUGGGAGAUGAGGUCUGAGGGGCGGGCUAGGUGAUCCGAGGCUUUAGGCGUGGAAAGGAAUUUGUAUUUGCAGUUUACAGUAAGCACUGGUUUCCUUAGGUGUGGGCGGGAGAGGGGUGGAGGGGAACACGGCACAGGAGGGACAGAGGGAAAAUGGGGCUGACUGGGCAGUGAUGGCGCUGUGCGUGACAGGGACAGGUGCACACAUGGGCACUUGGUGCUUUCGGGUGUGUGUGCCUGUGUGUGUGCACCUGGCGGCCUGGGCGUGUGGGUGCUUGUGUGUGUGUGUGUCUGGCCACUCCCAGAGGCCCCCGUUCCAUAGGUGAUCGUCUCUCUCAAGUGCAUCCUGUGCCCACCUCCCUGCUUCCGCAUGGCCGCCCCAGCCAGCAGGGUGCAGUGCUGCUUCCGCGGCUCCUGCCAGCAGCCUGGAAAGCAGCAAGAAGGAUCCGGAGCCAUACGUAAGAGUUGAGGCUGGUCUCCGAGAAUGAUGAAGUCUUUGAGGGUUUGGAGACGACGGCUUGCCCGCCCGAGGCCAGGAGAUGGAUGACGCGGCGCCUCACCUUUGCAAUGGACGCGGGGGCCAAGGACUGGGUAACCCGGGCGGGCUGAUGCAGUACCGAGAAAGGCCGCACGGGGGCAGCCGAGGACCCUGAGGAGCGACUGUGCGUGUGAGAAUAAAAGAAAGCCACGAGCUCAUCACCAUCCCGGUGGAGUCUCAUUUUAUCCUCAGCCACAUCCUCACAGGCUCAGAGAAGUGCAGCCGCUUGCCCAAGGUCACUCAGCAGGGCGUUUAGACCAGGCCUGCUUGACCUUCGCCUGUGCUCUAACUACUGCCUGCCGUGAAUGACGCCCUCUGCAGAUGAGUGCUGGUUCUGCCGGCCCUUCCCACCGCGCUGACUCUCAUCAAGGUCUCGGUGACGUCCACGUCGUUAGGGCUCAAGGAGGGCAAGGAUUUUCACCGCUUUUGUUUACUGAUACGAUUCACCUGGAACAGAGACCGUGUCGUGGCUCAGGAACAGUUUGCUGAACGCAGGAAGGAAGGACGAUAAUUUGGAAAGGGGUCUGCGGUCUAAAAAUGGGCCGCCGGCCGCUCGGGCACCUGAAGGGACAGAAGCGGGCGCAGGAGCCCCAACAAGCCACGGCGGAGCGGGACGGUCCGUCCAGCGGCGGCCUCCGCAUGGCCCCACCGUGAGCGGCUGGACCCAGCGACUGGGAGCCAGAGCGAAGCUUCAUCCACACACCAGGUCAACAGUACUGACUGGACCCCCACCUCAGACCAUACGCUGGAGAAGGGUGAUUCAACAGACGUCAGGGUGGGCGUGGCGUGAGCCGCACCUCAAGACAGGUGCCGUCAGGGCGGAGGAGAAGCCCAAGGAAGAAAGGGGGGGGGCACCUGGACCACAGCUGGCCUGAAACGUGGGCUGACAGCUGGCCUUUCCUCAAGGGCACUGGGACUCCUGGCGGGUUUUAGAGAGCCAGGUCUAGCGGAAUCUCAAAAGCAGCUGGCACGGCUGGGAGCAGCAGCUGCCAUGGAUGAGGAGAAGCUUCCAUCUGCCCUGCCUGGGGAAGACGGUGCCACCUGGGACCCCAGCCUGGAACCUGAGGAGGAGCCUGGGGACCAGAACGGAAUGGCAUCCAGUGAGGACCCGAACGGUAGCCGCAAGAGCCCAGGGCGUGAGGAGCAGGACCCCCUGGCGGACACUGAGGAGCAUACACAGGGCCUGGGCGCGGCCCGCCAUGGCCUCAGCCUUGGCCUCUCUCUCACCAAUGGCCUAGCCCUGGGGCCCGACUCAAACAUUCUGGAAGAUUCUACGGAGUCCAGGCCCUGGGGGGCUGGCGGGCUGGCCGAGGGGGAAGAUGCCUCCGGGAGCCUCUGUCCAGACGCUGAGGACCCUCAGCUGGGGCUGGAUGGCCCGGGAGAGCCGGAUGUGCGGGACGGCUUCAGUGCCACGUUUGAGAAGAUCGUGGAGUCAGAGCUGCUGCGGGGCACCCAGUACAGCAGCCUGGACUCCCUCGACGUGCUCAGCCUCACCGACGAGAGUGACAGCUGCGUCAGCUUCGAGGCUCCGCUCACACCCCUCAUCCAGCAGCGGGCCCGGGAUAGCCCCGAGCCAGGGGCUGGCUUGGGCCUGGGGGACAUGGGGUCCGAGGGGGACGUGGGGGCAGCUGGUGGCGACGGGGAGCUGGGCAGCCCCCUGCGGCGCUCCAUCUCCAGCAGCCGCUCUGAGAAUGUCCUGAGCCGCCUGUCUCUCGCGGCCGUGCCCAACGGCUUCCACGAAGACGGCUCUCCGGGCCCAAGCGGGGAAGAGGAGGACGAGGAGGAGGAGGAGGAGGACACAGAGCAGCUGCUGACCUCGGCCAGUGACCCCAGCCUUAAGGGUGGCCUGUCAGACUCAGACUCAGAGCUGAGCAGCUCAGAGGGGCUGGAGCCUGGCAGCACAGACCCAUUGGCCAAUGGGGGCCAGGGCGUCAGCGAAGCAGCCCGCCGGCUGGCACGCCGCCUCUACCACCUGGAGGGCUUUCAGCGCUGUGACGUCGCCCGGCAGCUGGGCAAGAACAAUGAGUUCAGCAGGCUGGUGGCAGGGGAGUACCUCAGCUUCUUCGACUUCUCCGGCCUGACUCUGGACCGCGCGCUCAGAACCUUCCUGAAGGCCUUCCCACUGAUGGGGGAGACGCAGGAGCGCGAGCGAGUCCUCACGCACUUCUCCCGCCGCUACUGCCAGUGUAACCCCGACGACAGCACUUCAGAAGACGGGAUCCACACGCUCACCUGUGCUCUGAUGCUGCUGAACACGGACCUGCAUGGACAUAACAUUGGCAAGAAGAUGUCCUGCCAGCAGUUCAUUGCCAACUUGGACCAGCUGAAUGACGGCCAAGACUUUGCCAAAGACCUGCUGAAGACCCUUUACACCUCCAUCAAGAAUGAAAAGCUGGAAUGGGCCAUUGAUGAAGAGGAGCUGAGGAAGUCACUGUCUGAGCUGGUGGAUGACAAGUUUGGGACAGGCACAAAGAAGGUGACACGGAUCCUGGAUGGUAGCAACCCCUUCCUGGAUGUCCCGCAGGCUCUCAGCGCCACCACCUACAAGCAUGGCGUGCUGACCCGGAAGACUCACGCCGACAUGGAUGGCAAGAGGACGCCCCGAGGGAGGCGUGGCUGGAAGAAAUUCUACGCGGUGCUCAAAGGGACCAUUCUGUACCUGCAGAAGGACGAGUACAGGCCUGACAAAGCGCUGUCUGAGGGCGACCUGAAGAACGCCAUCCGUGUGCACCACGCUCUGGCCACCAGGGCCUCUGACUAUAGCAAGAAGUCCAACGUGCUCAAGCUGAAGACGGCCGACUGGAGGGUCUUCCUCUUUCAGGCGCCGAGCAAGGAAGAAAUGCUGUCCUGGGUCCUCAGGAUCAACCUGGUGGCUGCCGUCUUCUCAGCCCCCGCCUUCCCAGCGGCCGUCAGCUCCAUGAAGAAGUUCUCUCGGCCCCUGCUGCCCUCCUGCACCACUCGCCUCUGCCAGGAGGAGCAGCUGCGUUCUCACGAGAAUAAGCUGAGGCAGGUGACUGCGGAGCUGGCUGAGCACAGGAGUCACCCGGUCGAGAGGGGCUUCAAGUCCAAGGAGGCGGAGGAGAGCCGGCUGAAGGAGCAUUAUCUCACGUUCGAGAAAAGCCGUUAUGAGACCUAUAUCCACCUGCUGGCCGUGAAAAUCAAAGUGGGUUCGGACGACUUGGAGCGGAUCGAGGCCCGGCUGGCCACCCUGGAAGGCGAAGACCCUUCCCUCCGCAAGACACACUCGAGCCCUGCCCUCAGCCAGGGCCAUGGAACUGUGACUGGCAGCAAGGCCACGAGGGCUACCACUGGGCCUGAUACUUAGCUGGCAUGGAUGGGCAGGCCCCAGAGUCAGGCCAACGCCCCCAGAGGGGUCAGUGAGCACAAUUCCAGCCGGGGGCCACUCGGACCAGCUCCGGGCACUUGUUGGGCCGCCAGAGGGGUGUGGAGACGGAGGUGCCAUUCACGGUGUUGCUCUUGCGUCCUGGGGCUGCUCCGAGCCUCGGCCCCUCUCCCCAGCCCUCACGCCCCUCUCCAGCACCGAGCCUCACCUGGGAGGCCCGUCGCGUGCAUGCUCUGGACACCGUCUCACUGGAGAAGCGGGCCGGGCGGUCGGCUUCCCGCUGCUCCUCUUCUCCCGAGUUCCUCCCUCCAUCUCCCCCGUUUCCAAGGGCAGGUCUUGCCCCCGGGGCUCCGCUGGGACUCCCAUCCUUUCCCCUGCUCCCUCCCUCCGAGUUGACCAGCAGCAGGUCUGCAGACCACCAGCACUGUCGCCCCUCCCUCCCUCGGCCACCUCUGGAACCACACCCCGUUCUCCCGCCUCACGUGGCAGCAACCCAGGCCUGUCCCCCAGGGCCAAGCGGUCUCCGUUCGUGUGUGUCCACCUCGCCUCCCUCCGUCGAGGCCACUACUGUUUUCUCUUAUACGGACGUACUUGCGGAUAUGUAUGAGAAUUCUAUAUAUAAAAGGACCCCCUUUAAAGAUGGGUUUGGAAGUGGUAUCCGUUAGAGGAUGAAAUAAGAGGAAGGAAAAGCCUAUUUCACAACGUACUUGUGAGCGAGGAGGGCUUCUCUCUGGCCCUUGGUGGCCCUGACACUCUGAGAGGGAAGGUAGUGAUAGCGUGACCUCCUCUCACCCCCUUGUUCCCCCUCUUCCGGCUGACCUGUGACUUAAACUGCUCUUACAGUUGAUGCUUUGGAAUAAAUCGUGUGGUGUGUGUGUGUGUGUGUGCGCGCGCGUGUGUACAUGUGCACGCGCCACCCCAUCUGUCCCAUAGGCAUCGUGGGGUGUGAGUGGGAUGGGACCGUGGCCCUGUUUAUAUUUUGGUCUUUAUGUUGGUGCUGCCAGGUCUCUGAGCUCCAGAGGUGGCCUCUUGUACAGAUCUACUGCAAUGGGAAUAAAAGACAUUCUGCCUUGCAAACAGCCACUCGUCAACAGGCCCAAAGAUGUUUGGUGGGGGAAGGUUAUGGAAACCAUUGAUUCUCGGUCUCGGGAAAAGGUGGAAUGACAAGUUGUUGAUUGUUUUUUAGGUUGACAUUUCUUCCACUCUUCUAGUGGCUCAGAAACACUAGAGAAGGACAUGUCUGCGAAGAACAGAGAAAUCUGUCAUGUGACGAUCACAGCCUAGCAUCCUUUAAACCCUGCGUUCUUCAGACGGAAGAGUGGUGGAGGUGAUGGCACCUUCAGAGCAGCGGAUCCCUCGUAUUCUUUAGAUGUCUGUAGCUGGGCCAGCAACUUGACCUCAGUGGUAACACAUUUAGUUGAUAAGAGAAGCCAGCCUUGCAAGUAAGUUCCCAACAGUUACCAGCCCGCUCCUGUUUGAUGCAAGGCACGUGUGAGUCUAUGGGGAGAGGUAGUGAUUUAAAGCCAGAUGAUUUCAUUUGGAUCAGCUGAGUGUAUUUUAUAAGGAACCCAUCUGGCCCCUUCCUUGUGCCGAGGGGAGGUAAGUGUUCAUUUCAGUGAAACUGAAGGAGCGAGGUGGCCACAUAAAAAGAAACCUCUCUGUACUUUCUCCACACUGUCUCAAAGGUUCUUUGAUUUUGGGGGUCAGCUUCCCACCCCUCGCCUUGUGAGGGCGGGUGGGUGAAAGCAGAGGCGCAGGCCCAGCCGCUGCAGACAAGUGUGCUUCCCUGAGCGCUAGCUGUGCCUCCCAACGGUAAAAAAAAUUUUUAGUUCACUUUCUUAAUUGUAUAAUUAUUUAUUGUAAAUUAUAUACAUGUACUACUGUACUAAAAUAUUAUGUACAUUAUAAAACAUACACAAAAAUAGAAAUUUAAAAAAGAUGAGAUGAAAAUAAAUCUAAAGCAAA